CGCUGGUUGUGAGGUGGCGCCCCAUCGUGUGUUAAUACACAGUGAUCGAUGUCUCAUGUGCUGGGCUUAUUCCCAAACCCAUCUGCACCAUCACAAAGCGCCAGUCAAAUAGACUGGCUCGUUCCUCUCGCUCAGAAAGAGCAGAGCUAUCCGCACAGCCAACAAGAUGCUAGCUACUCUGCUGGGUGUUUUCAUCGCGGCUUCGCUCGAAGUUGAAAGCAGACGUCCAGAAGCGACCAAUGCUGUCAGUUUCCUGGAUAAUGAGAAAUGGUUGACCACUGUCUCACAAUAUGACAAGGAGCUCAAAUACUGGAACAAAUUCCGGGAUGAUGAUUAUUUCAGAAGCUGGAAUCCUAGUAAGCCAUUUGAUCAAGCCCUGGAUCCAACAAAAGACCCAUGUCUAAACGUGAAAUGCAGCCAACACAAGGUCUGCGUAACCCAUGACUACCAAACAGCAUUUUGUGUUAAUCGCAGACAACUAAUGCACAGUGUCAGGCAGAAAAAGGACAGCCUUCCUCAUAAACAGUGGGUGGGAGCAACCAGUCUGGUCAGAUGCAAGUCCUGUACUGGGGUGCACCCCAGUUCUGUCUGUGGUUCCGACGGACACACUUACUCCUCUAAGUGUAAAUUGGAUUACCAAGCUUGUUCUUCUCAUAAAACGAUCACCUUGAGAUGCAAAGGUCCCUGUCCUUGUCUUCCUGGCCAAGAAACUGUGAAACUGAAAACUGAAAGGACCGAGGGGAUCAAAGCUAGAGAUGAAGGGAAAGAUGCAAAUCAUUCAACUCUGAAAGUAUGCAACGAAAAAGAGCUGAGGAAUCUGGCUUCCAGACUGAAAGACUGGUUUGGAGUUUUACAUGCUGAUGCCAACCAUGAUCUAAGGACUAAACCAAAUAAACAAUCAGAACAGAAGCGAUUUGACACCAGCAUUCUACCAAUCUGCAAGGAUUCCUUAGGCUGGAUAUUUAACAAGCUGGACAUGAACUAUGAUCUCUUACUGGACCAAUCAGAGUUGGGCACCAUUUAUCUUGAGAAGUAUGAGCAGUGUAUUAAACCUCUUUUCAACUCCUGUGACACAUUUAGAGAUGGAAAGCUUUCAAACAAUGAAUGGUGCUACUGCUUCCAGAGGCAGGGAGGUCUCCCGUGUCAAGCAGAAAUCAACAAGAUUCAAAGACAGAAUAGAGGGAAGCAUCUACUGGGGGUCUUUAUACCAAGGUGCGCCGAGGAUGGAUACUACAAAUCAGCCCAGUGUCACAGCAGCACAGGGCAGUGUUGGUGUGUUGACAGAUAUGGAAAUGAAAUAACAGGAUCACGCAGACAAGGAACUCCAAUCUGCGAAGAAGAUCAGGAGACUUCUGGUGACUUUGGCAGUGGUGGGCCCCAUGUUUUGUCUGAUGACCAGGAAGAUGAAAGAGAAAUUCAGAAGGAAGAGAAAGUACCAGGAGGUGGAGGCAAUGAAGAUGAUGAAGAUAGUGAAGAUGACAAAGAUGAUGACAUUGGUUAUAUUUGGUAGUUGUAUUUAUUGUAUUGCUCCCCAGAACUGUCACAUUUUGCACUCUGCUCAAGUUCAUUCUUAACCUCAGUUUGUCCACAGUACUGAGGAAGUGUUGCAUCUGAGAUAAAAUAAGCAAAAUCACUUAUAAAAUGUUGAUCUAACUGGAAACCAUUUAGUAACUCUGUCGAGCAUGCUCAGUAGCAAAUUACGUUUUGACUGUGUAUCUCCACAAAAGAAAAAUAGUGUUCAGAAAAAUUGUUCAGAUUCUCCUGGAAAUGAGCAGUACAAUGAAAUCCACUCAGCUUAACUAACCUUUAACAUGCAGUGUUUUUAAGGGAAUUUAAACCUAAACUAUGGAGCCUUCUUAACAUCAAUUUUUAGGCAUCGAAAAAUAUAAUCACAGCAGAAAUUUAUUUGAACUGUGAUAUUUAGUUUGUUUUAGUUAGCAAGAAUUAUUUGCAUUCAUUUAUGUUAGUAAGCAUGGAACCGCACCAUUACUUCACCAUAUCAAAAUGCAUCAUUGUAGCGAGGACCCUGUAGUUCAAGGAAGAGUCACUUUGAGCUGCAAGACAGUAAAACAUAGAGACUGGAUGGCAUAGUAUAUGGCUGGCAUUCUCCACUGAUAAAUAAGUAUCACUUAAAUUUGGACAUCUGAAAGGCAUUAUUUUCAAAUGACACAAAAUAAUAAUUAAAGCCAUAAAGAUUAACAGUGACUUUUUUGCAUAUGCAGAAGAAGAAUCAAGCAUACUGCCUCUAGUUUUAGAAGGAGUAAUUCAAAAUGUUCACAUGGGCAGAGCUAAGAAUUGCUGGUGAAUCAGAAAUUCAAUUCAGUUUCAGAGAAGGCUGAUGAAGAAUUCUAUUCACCUUUACGGUAUUAAUGCCUACAAAUCAUUUCAUAUUAAUCUUAACUAUAUUACUGCUGCCACACUACAGGAGUUCUAUCAUCUAACCCUAAUUAUGCAAAAGGUGGAGACUGCUAUGGAAAGGUCAAGAGUGGAAUUUGUUUUGUAAUUCCUCAGCACUCACAGAGAUUCCAAUGCUUGGUGCCUCUUCCUGUGGAUUCUGCAUUCCUUUUAUAAACCAUUAUAUUUAAAGAGAAUUGCUGAGAACUAGGCAUUAAUCCAAUUCUUACCUGGAAUCCUGUGAACAUAGAUCUUCCUGCUGUUUUGUUAUUAUUUUUACCUUAAUUUAAAUGUUUUCUUAGUUAUCCCUUCUGCAAAUGGUGACCCUCUGCAUACUCAAGUUGAAAAGCUGCCCUAAUUUUGCAGGAAUGUAAAACCCAUUCAUCUUCACCAACUUUCAGCCACAAAUAAAAUCUGAAAACGGUGGAGAUAGUCAUGCAGUAUCUGUAGAGAAAACCAAGUUCAUGUUUCAGAUCAGAGACCACUAAAAUAACUUUUCAGUUUUUCCAGCCACUCGUUAGAGGCUUUGAGGUGCAUAUGCUGUAUUAUUUCUAAAGAGCAAAUUAACAAUAAUCAUUGAGGGGUUUAAUUAAAUCAAUUCUUCUGUGAGAACCAUGCCAUCUAUAUUGUGAACAAAAGGGAAAACAGUAAUCCAUGGUGGUCGGUGCUGUGAAUGAUGGAGAAGAGAGUAAUGCUUUGCUCCUUGAUAAUGGUAUCUGCCAUCUCUUGGCCGUCUGCCUCUGGGAGAAGUAAAAACAAAUAAUAGUAAUUUUGCCCUACCUGUACUAGUAAUUUUUCUUCUUCACUUUAUCUUUAAUAUUUAAAUUGGUUCAGGCAGGGAUUGAAGAUUGCAGUGAAACAGUAAAAACGAUUUUUAACAUCCCCACAGAUAGCACAAAGAUCCCCUUAUUUUCUCCCCACAGACAAUAAACCCCCAUUUUGUUGUUGCUUGGUAUUUUCUGGCAUUGUGUGCUUUCUUCUCUGGCAGGAUAAAUGUAAACCUCUUCAUCAUUCGAAUUUAAGAUUCAUCAAACAGAAAGCAUUUGGUGUGCUUAGUUUGGCACUAAGUGAGGGCUACAGUGGCAUCUGAUACCCUGAGGAGCAAUGUAAGUCUUGCCCUAAGGAAUCCCUCAGCUGUUUACUUUGUUGAAAUAAAAAAAUACCCAGUGAAACUACUGACACUGCACUGGCUUUCUGAAGAUACUGUUCCCAUUCAGCUGGCACUUUCCAUAUAGUCCCUGCAGUUUACUAUGUAACUUCCUUCCCUAGUCUUCCAGUGGUGAUCUUGCCAUUCUUCAGUCUGUCCUAAUCAAUGAAAAAUCAAGAGCUCAUCUCUUUCUUGCUUACAUCUGGCAUCCAAGCUUCACCACUACGUUCAGUCACUCCUUGAAAUUAAGUACGUUGCAACUUCUAGCUUUUUCCUGCUAAUUUAUUUAAAUUAAUUGCUCCAGAAUUUCAAAGGUAAGCUUCCUCAAGUGACACAACUUUAAUUGUGUGUACUUACAGAGAAACAGACUCCCAGCAUUUAACAAGCUAUUGAGUUUAAUUAGUUUAGGUCAGAGAUUAAAUUAAACUUGUAAUUGUACUGACUUCUUUGUUUUGAUUAAUAACCUGUUGUAAGUGAAGAUAUAAUGUCAGGGAUUUGAUCACAAAAAUAAGUUAGAAUUUGUUAAAGCUUGGACUUGUAGAAUCGACUGUUAAUACCAUUUUCACAAACGAUGUUUGGUGAAUUACUUUUGUUGAGGGAUGGUUUUUGUUAGCACUUAUGCACUAGAUUGCUGCCAUUUACCUGUGUAAGUGCUGGCAAAGUCUGGUCUCCCCCAUAAAUCUGGAAGUCUCAGACUUACUGGUCGAGUUUUGCUGGCUAUCUCCGCGCAGACUUACUGGACUCCAGGAGGAAUCCUGCAGUUCUGCUUUCAGAUCUGCAAAUUAAAAUUUCAAGGGCAAUUUUGCAACUGCAAAGAAGAAAGGUUAGAAGCAAGUUGCACUUUGUUGCAAAUACUGUUUAAAUGUAUUUUAGGUGAUUUUUAAAGAAAUGUUUAAUAAUAAUCUCAGUUUAAAAGUUUUCCAAUAACAUAUCAAUGCAGUGGCAUACAAAUGCACUUGACAGCUUCAACACAAGACAAAGCUGAGGUGGUGAGAGUUUUCCAGGGUGUGGUGCUAUGGUGGAACACUCUGUACUGCUACCACACUACUUGGUAUUGUGGGUUCAAUCCCCACCUCGGAGGCUGAUAAGUGGAGUUGGUACGUUCUCCAUGUGAUCAAGUAAAUCUCCCCCAGGUGCUCAGGUAACUUCUGAAAUCUCAUCAGAAGUUUAAUUGCCUGCUGUAAACUCCAAUGGCAGGAGAGUCAGAGUGAGAUGGUGAUGGGCGUAUAAAAAAGAAUAGUUUACAGUGAAAUAAGUGAAGAAAUGAGUCUGAUAAGACUAGUCUGUCAGCCAGAAUAAACGGAGUGAACUGAAGAGCCACCUUCUGUAUCAUAAAAUAGGACAAACAUGGAAUUUUAUGGAUGUUGAUGUUUUAGUUCUACUUAGGGUUCAAAAGCAAUCUCACCAACAUAGGUCCAGGCAGGAAUACAACGUGAACAUGUGUUAGCAUUAGAUUCCAUUAGCCUGUGCCACUCAGCAAAACAUGGGUCUAAGUCUUAAAAUAGAUCAAUGGUGCACCUGAUAUAAAAAUGGACAAACACCUUUCUCAUUAUUAAUGCUACUUUCUGCAUGAUAUUUUACAUAGUUAUGCAUGGGAAUAUAUUAAGAUCAAAGUUUUUAAAUGUUACCUAGAAUUAACCUUGGAUUUGAUUUUAAGCAAGCUCCACUAUCAAAUACUCAGUAAGUAUGUGUGAGUUGAGGGUUAGAGGCUGGAGAUUGGAACCCAAAUUAUAUAUUGCCUUCCCUUUCUGUAACUUGGUGAGACUGUGUCUCAUUUGCUUUGACAUUUUACAGAUUGUAUUGUGAUAGGAAAGGCAGUGAAAAUGCUCAUUGAACAAUAAAUCUGAAGGCAUGCUUUGUGAUGUUUCUUCAUGUGUGAUUACAAAUUGUCCUUAAAAUUUGCGUCAAAUAUUUUUUUCCUUACAGAAUAGUUACUUUGUCUAACAUUGUGGAAAUAUCUCAAAAAAAUUGAGCAGUGUCCUAUAACUCAAAAAUAGUAAAUACCCGGUUUUAAAUUCUGAUCAAUACAUUGCUUCUAUCAAAUAAAAACUGUGAUGUUGUAAUCAACCAUUUUGAUUUUUUUGUUAAGCAGCCUAAUUAUAAGGGAACCGAAGAACAUUUUAUCAAACAUUCAUGUGCCAAUUACUGAAGCACUGAAUAGUAAAAAUUAAAACACACACUCACUGUCUUAGCGGAGUACUUCAUAGUAAAUACUUUUAAUUUCUUAAAAUGGAGGAACUUGAUAAAUGUUAACUAAAUACUUAAUUACAGUUUGCUUUCAUUUUAAUGCUGCGUUUCUAAUUAUUUACAGUUUAGAUCUCCACUUUAAAUGUUUGAAUAUUUCUCUGUGAUGUUGUUGCUAAGUAUUUAUUCUGGUUAUUAGGCUGAAUCUGUCUCUGGAGAUUAGUUGUUUGUAAGUUAUACAGUUCAGGUUGUAUCUAAUAGUGUAUCAUUUUUUCUAGUGAGAACCUUCAUGGAUUUUUAAACCAAUCUGUCUAGGGUAUGUUAGACAAGAAAAUUCUUCACCUCAACCCAAGUUGUUCUGUUCUAUUUCUUGCCACUAAUUUGGGUGCAAAGUCUUUUUGUUGCAAUGGUAUUGUUGUAAGUUUUGUUGGAACAGUAUAUUAUUAAACAAUUAAAGUGAUGGAAUUAAUCAAAAGAAUCUAGUGAUCAUAUAUGGUCUAAUCUGAAAUUCAGUGAAUCAGUGUGAUUCUGGGCUAGCAGUGCCUUGCAAAAGAACAACAUUUCAGCUUGAAAGGGAAGGGAAAUCAUAUUGGUUCCUCUACAUGCUAUAAGCACACAUCACGCUAACCCAACAUGUAGCAUCACUGAAGCCUGUUGCGAUAAUGACCAUAACCUAGGCCAUGCCAACGUCCGAAGAAUUGGCAUCAGUUGAAAUAUCAAGGAAAAAAUACUGUUAAUAGGCUUGCUGACAAUCACAGUAAAUCUGCAGCAGCAACACAUCCAGCUACAGUUAUUGUCACAGUGUUUUAUAGUUGUAAAGGCAACCAUGCUCUUUAUUUUAAAGCCUAAUCUCUAUUUUUAAGACUAUUUCAGUACUUGUAUCAAAAUCAGUUUUUGGUAUUUGUCUUAUAUGUGCUAGAUAUUGGGCAGACUUUCAUGAUUCUGAAUUCAGUACAAAAGGAAAGUGUGUCCAUCUACUGGUCAAUUAACAGGUUUUUGUUGUUUUCUUUAUUGUCUCAAAUAAAUCGCACUAUGUCAUCA